AUAGCUUUUGAACUUGAGAAAGGCCUCUCAAUCAAUUCUCCAUUCUCCGUUUCUUAGGGAACUCUGCGGUAAUAAGUGGCUGAGUCUUCGAAAUUUGAUGAUACUGGAAUGGUAAUGUUACAGAUCCUCUGAGUUUUGGGUUUCGUGAAUCGUGAUUCUGAUGAAUGAAGUGAACAUAAGUCAAGGUUCGUAGUCUUAAAAGAAGAAAACGAAGAAGCAAGCCAGAAACAUGUCCGAUAAGGAAUGUUCUCUUCAGCAGGCUGAGAGUACAAUGAGUGGUAUUCGAGGAGCUGAUAGCGAGGAUGUAAGGGAUAUUGAGGAGCCAAUGGCUGUUCAUACUUUUCGACAAGCGCUUAUCCUUGACAACUUGCUGCCUUCACGGCAUGAUGACAAUCAUAUGAUGCUGAGAUUUUUGAAAGCCAGGAAGUUUAACAUUGAGAAAGCAAAAUGCAUGUGGUCAGACAUGCUCCGAUGGAGAAAAGAUUUUGGUGCAGAUACAAUCUUGGAGGAUUUUCACUUCAAUGAGUUAGACGAAGUUCUGCUGUACUACCCUCAGUGUUAUCAUGGUGUAGAUAAGGAAGGAAGACCAAUUUACAUUGAAAGGUUGGGAAAGGUUGACAUGUACAAGCUUAUGCAAGUAACUACCUCAGAUCGGUAUGUGAAAUAUCAUGUUCAAGAGUUCGAGAAGACUCUUUCCAUUAGACUUCCUGCUUGCUCAAUAGCUGCAAACAAAUACAUAGAUGCAAGUAUGACGAUUUUAGAUGUUCAAGGCGUGGGUUUAAAAAAUUUGAUUAAACCUGCGAGGGAAGUCAUUACGCGGUUGCAGAAGAUUGACAAUGACAAUUAUCCUGAAACUCUUCAUACACUGUUCAUCAUUAAUGCUGGCCCUGGCUUUAGGCUUGUUUGGAGUGCAAUAAGGCCCUUUCUUGACCCGAAUACUGCUUCCAAGAUUAAUGUUCUUGGCACAAAUUACAAGAGCGCUUUGCUUGAAUUUGUUGAUCAGAGCGAGUUGCCAGACUUUCUUGGCGGGAGCUGUACCUGCGCAAAUGAGGGAGGUUGUUUGAGAUCAGAUAAAGGGCCAUGGAAAGACCAAAAUAUAGUGAAGGCGCUUUUGAGCGGUGAAGCAAAGUAUUCCAUUCACAAAUUCAUGUCAAAUUGUAAAGGGAAGCGGGGUGAUGACAAGUUACAUCUCGUAAGAUUUAGUGAUAAAUCCAUAGCUCAGUCAGAAUCUGAAGAUGAGGAUAUUGCAUUAGCACAAAAAUAUCCAGAUUUAGUGGCAGCUGCUGUUUGUGAAGAAGUCAGUUUGUACAAGCGGCCUUUUGGGACAGGAGCAAUGCAAAUGGCAGUUUUCCGCUUGCUGGUUUCGAGGAUCUCAUCUAGCAUGAGAGUUUGUCCGUCUGUACAGUUUUGGAUGACCAAAUCAAACAGAAAGGUUAUAACAAGCAUUAAUUGGCAUCACUUCUUUAUCAGUACAGUGCCGACUCUACCUUUAAGUUUUUCAGACAUUUCUAAGGUGUCUGCUAGGCACACAACUUGGCGAGAACUUUUUGAUAUGAGUGCAGAUUCUCACAUGUGUCACUCUGAUGGUGAUGCACGUAUUAAGCCUCUUUCUCUGAGGAGUUACCAAGUUGUAGUGGCUGCAACUCGUGAUCUUGGUAUUGGAAAAGAUGGCAAGUUACCAUGGAGGUUGCCUUCUGAUCUUAAAUUCUUCAAGGAGCUUACGCUAACUACUACAGAUCCUGUGAAGAGGAAUGCAGUUGUCAUGGGAAGGAAAACUUGGGAAAGUAUUCCUCCACAAUUUCGACCUCUGCCUGGUCGUCUCAACAUUGUGCUGACUCGUUCAGGGAGCCUUGGCCCUGCUAUUGAUGAUAAUGUUGUCUGUUGUGGGAGCAUUUCAUCUGCUUUAGAAUUGCUUGCAGAAUCUCCAUAUUGUUCCUCAGUAGAAAAAGUUUUUGUAAUAGGAGGUGGACAAAUACUAAGGGAAGCGCUUAAUGCACCGGAAUGUGAAGCCAUACACAUGACUGUAAUUGAGGCAGACAUUGAAUGUGACGCUUUUAUUCCUCCAGUUGAUGGUUCACUAUUCCAGCCCUGGUACUCUUCCCCGCCUACAGUAGAAAAUAACAUCCGGCACUGUUUUGUGACAUAUGUUCGUGUGAUGAGUUCUGCAGUUGAGCCUGUUGAUUUGCACCAGCGGGCAAAGUCUAAUAGGAGUUCAGAUUCCAAGAGGUUCAAUGUUUCAAGUUUUUCUUUCUUGCCAAAGACUGUCUUUGAGAAGCAUGAUGAGUUUUUGUAUUUGAGAUUGGUUCAAGAUAUUAUUGCCACUGGCAACCACAAAGAUGACCGAACUGGAACUGGUACCCUUUCAAAAUUUGGUUGCCAGAUGCGAUUUAACUUGCGUAGAUCUUUUCCGCUUCUUACUACUAAGAGAAUAUUCUGGCAAGGUGUUGUCGAAGAGCUUCUAUGGUUCAUCAGUGGUUCAACAAAUGCAAAGGUUCUACAGGAGAAGGGAAUUCAUAUAUGGGAUGGCAAUGCAUCCAGAGAAUACCUUGACAGUAUUGGCCUGGAAGACAGAGAAGUGGGUGAUUUAGGACCUAUCUAUGGGUUUCAGUGGAGACACUUUGGUGCCCGAUACACUGGUAUGCAUGCCAACUAUAAAGGCCAAGGAUUCGAUCAGUUGUUAGAUGUCAUUGAUAGGAUAAAGAAAAACCCCAACGAUAGGCGUAUUGUUCUUUCUGCCUGGAAUCCUUCUGAUUUGAAGUUGACGGCUUUACCACCUUGUCACAUGUUUGCACAGUUUUAUGUGGCAAAUGGGGAACUAUCCUGUCAAAUGUAUCAACGCUCUGCAGAUAUGGGCCUUGGCGUGCCAUUUAAUAUAGCAUCUUACGCUCUUUUGACAUGCAUGAUUGCUCAUGUUUGUGGCCUUGUUCCUGGUGACUUCAUCCAUAUAAUAGGAGAUGCUCAUGUUUACAAGACUCAUGUUGUUCCUCUUCAAGAACAGCUUCAGAAAUUUCCUAAACCUUUCCCAAUUUUGAAGAUCAAUCCGGAGAAAAAAGACAUAGAUUCAUUUGUUGCGACUGACUUUGAGCUGAUAGGCUAUGAUCCUCAUCAGAAGAUAGAAAUGAGAAUGGCAGUAUAGUUUCACACUAAAGGAGCUUCUGGAGGUAUUCGUAACAGAGGCAUGACCUGUUCAUAAGUUAAUUUCGAGUGAGUGUUUCUAUAUUUUCUUUUUGUAAUUUUAGCUCCUCUGGUUCUAGAUCAGGUUUAAAACAAGGACAGUUAUGCCAACUUAAUAGUUCUGCGCUGAUAGAGGGUUUUUGACAUCUGUCCAUUUUAAUGUCCAUGAUUUCCGAAGGCAUGUUUACUUAUCCAUCUUUUUGUGGCUUGCACUCUUAUCAACUUAAAUGUCUUUUCCUGUU